UGGGGGGCUGUUACAAAUAGAAGACCGACUCAGCCGCCCCAAUUCAUUUGCAUCUCUCCCAGCUGAGUCUCAUCUCCAGCUUUCCACUCGAGCUCCAGCAUGAGCAAGUCUUUCUCCUCCUCCUCACAGACGUCCUCCUCAUACCGCCGCACCUUCGGCUCCGGCCUGGGCACAUCUCCGGCCAUGUCCCACUCCCUGUUCUCCGGCCGUGGCUCCUCAGGGUCCUCCCACUCGUCCACCCGUGUGUACGAGGUGAGCAAGUCCUCGUCCGCCCCGGUCUACUCCAGCGUCCGCACCUCCUCCAGCUACGGCGGUCCCGUGGUGCGCUCCUACGGCGGCCUGGGCCAGUCGCUGGACUUCAGCCUGGCCGACGCCAUGAACCAGGACUUCCUGCAGACGCGCACCAACGAGAAGGCCGAGCUGCAGCACCUGAACGACCGCUUCGCCAACUACAUCGAGAAGGUGCGCUUCCUGGAGCAGCAGAACCAGACGCUGAUGGUGGAGAUCGAGCGGCUGCGCGGUCGCGAGCCCACGCGCAUUGCCGAGAUGUACGAGGACGAGAUGCGGGAGCUGCGCAGGCAGGUGGAGGCCCUGACCAAUCAGAGGUCCCGCGUGGAGGUGGAGAGGGACAACCUGGCUGAUGACCUGCAGAAACUCAAACUCAGGUUGCAAGAGGAAAUCCACCAGAAGGAGGAAGCCGAGAACAACCUGUCUGCCUUCAGAGCUGAUGUAGAUGCUGCCACCCUGGCCAGGCUGGACCUGGAGAGGCGCAUUGAAUCCCUGCAGGAAGAGAUUGCCUUCCUCAAGAAGAUCCAUGAGGAGGAGAUCCGUGAGCUGCAGGCCCAGAUGCAGGAGACCCAGGUCCAGGUCCAGAUGGACAUGUCCAAGCCGGACCUGACCGCGGCACUGCGCGACAUCCGCCUCCAGUACGAGGGCAUCGCCGCCAAGAACAUCGCCGAGGCUGAGGAGUGGUACAAGUCCAAGGUGUCAGAUCUGAACCAGGCUGUGAACAAGAACAACGACGCCCUCAGACAGGCCAAGCAGGAGACCAUGCAGUUCCGUCACCAGAUCCAGUCCUACACCUGCGAGAUCGACUCGCUCAAGGGGACGAAUGAGUCUCUGAUGAGGCAAAUGAGGGAGAUGGAGGAACGUCUCGGCCAGGAGGCGACCGGUUACCAAGACACCAUCGCCCGCCUGGAAGCAGAGAUCUCCAACAUGAAGGAGGACAUGGCCAGACACCUGCGGGAGUACCAGGACCUGCUCAACAUCAAGAUGGCUCUGGAUGUGGAGAUCGCCACCUACAGGAAGCUUCUGGAAGGAGAGGAGAGCCGGAUUACACUCCCUGUACAGUCCUACUCUACCGUGAGCUACCGCGAAACAAGUCCAGAGCACCCACGCUCCUCUGAGGUCCACUCCAAAAAGACAGUCCUGAUUAAGACCAUUGAGACCCGUGACGGAGAGGUUGUGAGUGAAUCCACACAGCAUCAGCAGGACAUCAUCUAAGUCAGAAACAUAAAACCAAAAAAAAAAAAAAAACCCAAAAAACAAAUGGAAAACAGGACAUUCACGUGCCGCCGGUGGCCCUUCGUUUUUUGUAAAGGACAGACACAUCAUUUUUAAUGCAUGCAACUAAGGACGGAAGAAAGAAUAAGUGUGAGGUGGACCCACAAACUGCAAUGUGGAGGAAAAUGUGCAAAAUGCCACAGGUGAAACUGUACAGAACGCAUAUGUACGUUGUUGGUCUCUCAGAAUUUGCAGAAUGAUGUUUCAUAAGAGGGAAAAACUGCAAUAAAGAUUUACAAUCAUCAGGUGAA